AUGACAAGGGCAGACACAGCAUCCAGCACGGGUUCACCCUUCCGUCCACCGCCACCGCCACCACCACCACCACCACCGCCACCCCCCGCCCCACCCUCACCGCCGCGCCCACCCUACCUGGACGCCUUCCACCACUCGCUCUGGGACGUGACCGAGUAUCUCGACUACACCCUCGCCGACUCCCACAUCUCCGACGCCGUGUUCGACCGCGCGGUAGACUCGUACACCAAGAGCCUCGAGGCCGUCGCUGCAACCGACCCCGACAAGUGGUGCAGAGCCCAAGAGCUUCUCAAAAACUACAAACAGGGCGGUGACCGGCAGCGGGCGAGGGACUGGCGCGAGAAGAACCGCGGGGGCGUCCCGAGGGAGAGGAAGGACGCGUUGACGCCGCCGAUGGUGAUCAGUAAUUCGCAGAUUGCGAUUGGGGAUGGGGCGCAGGUCAAUAUCAACAGGGAGCCGGCGCGGAGGGUGAAGGCAAAGUCGAAACAGAAGUCGAGGCUGAAGGGCAAGGGGAAGGGGAAGGGGAAGGGUAAGGGUAAGAGGACGCUGGGUGAUGUGAGUGAUUCCGACGGCGAGGCCCAGCCGGGCUGGAGUCCGUCGUCGUUCGUGCAAAUGUACAAUAAGAUGGAGGAGCAGUUCAUGUGGAAGCUCCCCAGCGGCUCGUUCGUGGAGACAAUCAUCUAUGAGACGCUGAAGAACGCGGACCGCGAGUGUCUUGCGCACUCGUUCGUGCUCGAUGUCAAGAAUAAAAAGGUUAAAGACCUGUUUGAGCCGCUCGAUUGGAGCGCUAUCCUGGAGAAGGUGCCAGAAUGGCCGGCGAUCGAUGAUAAGACGGUGGAGUUCAUGAAGGAGUUUAUGAGUGUGAAGACGGCGGCGGGGCUGCGGGAGAAGCUGGCUGCCGCAUCGUACUUGCCGGCGGGUGAAACAUAUGAUCGUGAAAAGCAUUAUGACCGUCACUGGAUCCACAUGGUCAUUACCAUGCUGUAUGUUCCCCAUACCCCCGCUGCGCCGCCGCAUAUCGUGAUUGACGCUGAACCCCCCACGCCCGAUUGUAGACUCCCCCUGUUUGAGAAUCCCGACCAGCCCCUGCUCAACAAGAACGACGAGUGCUGGUACGACAUCCGGCUCUGGGGCAUCAUAAUCGACACGCUCCUCGACGAGAUCCGCGGGCUCAACACGCGGCGGCGCGAGCUACCCAUCCUCGCUGGCGCGCACCGCAAGAACCGGCACCGCGACGACACGGCGAAGCGCCAGAAGAUCGGCGCACGCUUCGACGGGCUGGUGCAGGACGGCGGCGGCAGGUACGAGUACGCGGCCAUGGAGGGGUCGAAGGCGUUUGUGAGCGAGACGGGCACAAAGUGGUUGCAUGACUAUGGCAAGGUGGCGAAGGCGCUGCAUGAUAUGCUGUAUAGCCUGCAGUCGCAGGUGGGGAACGAUGUGGAGGCGCUGGGCAGGCUGCAUCUGGCAGGGGUGGUCAAUGCUGGACUGCACUGCCAGGUGCUAAGAAUGAGCUACGCCAGCGGCUACGUCUGCCUCCUCAGCUGCGACACCCUCUGCCAGGUGCCCCAGACCCCGAGCGAGCUGCCACUGCUGUUCCAGCUGCUCGGGAGCGUGCUGCGGAUGAAGAUGAUGCUGACGGAGUCGAAAGCGCUCAUCGAUGGGUAUCUGAGUACGCGCUCGUUCGAGCAGCUGGUGCAGCCGGCGGGGCUGGCGAAGGGGCGGCUGGUGAUCCCCAUGUCGUGUGAUACGGAGGGGGAGUGGGAGGGGGAGGGGGAGGGGGAGGCGGGGGAGGAGAAGGGACCGUAA